CCCAUCACCCACAUCUCGUUCUCCCCAUCCGAAGCUCGUCCCCGUAACUCUUAUUAAGAUAUCCCGACUUGACUUCACAAGAAUGGCUCUUGUCUCCUAUAUAGACCUUUCACGACCUUCAUCCAUAACCACUCGCCCCUAUAUAUUCCGACCAUCAUUUUGCUAA